CCCUUCCGCUCACUUUCCCCUCACUGUUCUCAGCUUCUCAACUCCAAGCAGAGUCAAAGCUCCGCCAGCAAUGGCCGUCGCGAGCGCCGCCGAGCCGAAGAAUCGAGGCGGGAAUGGAGAAGAAUCCGAACUGGAGCUACUGUCCGCAGCCUAACACUUGGCUCUGAUGCUCGAUCGGACGAAGCCCUCUCCCGCCAUGAGAGACCCGAAGCUCAAGACAGCAAGAGCCCACAAGCCGCGCCACUGCCACCUCCUCGACAGGCUCAGGAAGCGCCACUUCUACAGGUGGCGGUGGCUCCUCUGGCUGGCCGUCUCCGCCUACCUCCUCCUCCCGGCGCUGCCCCCCUCCCUCCGCGGCCCCGGCUCCGAGCCCCUCCCCGGCGUCCGGAUCUACGCCUACGACCUCCCGCCGCGCUUCAACCGGGGCUGGGCGGCCGCCGACGCGCGGUGCGCGCGCCACCUCUUCGCCGCCGAGGUGGCCGUGCACGAGGCGCUGCUGCUGCGGCAGCGGCGCGCGGGCCUGCGCCCCGAGGAGGCCGACCUCUUCCUCGUGCCCGUCUACGUCUGCUGCAACUUCUCCACGCCCACGGGGCUCCCGUCGCUGGCGCACGCGCGCGGGCUGCUGGCCGACGCCGUCGGCCUCGUCCGCGCCCAGAUGCCCUUCUGGAACCGCUCCGCCGGGGCCGACCACGUCUUCGUCGCGGCGCACGACUUCGGCGCCUGCUUCCACCCCAUGGAGGAUGUGGCAAUGGCGGCCGGUAUCCCGGAGUUCUUGAAGAGGUCGAUCCUGCUGCAGACAUUUGGCGUGCAGGGCCGGCACCCAUGCCAGGACGUGGAGCAUGUGGUGCUCCCGCCGUACGUGCCGCCUGAGGUGGCUCCUCGGGAGCUGCCGGAACCGGAGAAGGCGCGUCGCGACAUCUUUGCCUUCUUCCGGGGCAAGAUGGAGGUCCAUCCCAAGAACAUCAGUGGCCACUUCUACAGCAGGAAGGUGAGGACUGAACUACUGCGGCUGUAUGGCCGCAACGGCAAGUUCCAUCUGAAGCGGAAACGGUACGACGGCUACCGGGCGGAGAUGGCGCGCUCCAUGUUCUGCCUCUGCCCGCUGGGGUGGGCGCCAUGGAGCCCUCGUCUCGUGGAGUCGGUCCUCCUGGGCUGCAUCCCCGUCAUCAUCGCCGACAACAUACGCCUGCCGUUCCCCGGCGUCCUCCGGUGGCCGGACAUCUCGCUGCAGGUGGCGGAGAGGGACGUGGCCGGCCUCGAGGCGGUGCUUGACCACGUCGCGGCGACCAACCUGACGACGAUACAGAGGAACUUGUGGGACCCCGUGAAGCGGAAGGCGCUGGUUUUUAACCGCCCGAUGGAGGAGGGAGACGCCACCUGGCAGGUGCUCAAGGAGCUUGAGGCGAAGCUGGAGCCGUUGCGACGGCAGGGGCGGAGGAGGUGAGGCAACGGAGAGUGGUACCGUCGCCAUUCCUGAAUGAUCCAUAUCUAGCACUGACACGUCCUGCCCGCGCUCCCUCGAAGCCGUGCUGUGAAGGGCGGUACCGAAUCCAAGGACAAAGAUCUAAACCUUUCAUCUGAGCGAAGUGAUUCCUCAAGGUCAGGUUAAACAAGUGAAUCAUCGGUUGCAAACACGAGAGCAAGCGAUCGAAAAGGAGGAGAAAGAACCACGAUAAUCGGAUGUCGAAGCCAGCUUUCCUGGUUGAGAUUAUCAUUUGGAAUAAAAGGUUGAAAUUGGUCCCUGGUAGAGGAAGCCAUCAGUGGCAGUGGAAUUCGUACGUGCGCAGGGAAGAGAACACAAGCAAGCACAACACGCUGGAGGUGACAUACGGCAUGGUCGUCGCCUCCGCCGUGCGGGUUGUUCCGAUGCCGGUUCACUGCCUAUAGCGCCAGCAUGGGCCAGGAGGAAGUCUUGUUGCCGCCGAUGGCGCGAUCAAGCUCUCACGCCGUGCUGUUUCUGUUGAAAGUUCGGAGCAGCUGGUGCUUUCCGCUGGGGCGUGGCGCAGUGGCGACCGAGUCGCAGGAAGGUGUUCUUCACGCCUGAGGACGCCGGCAGGAGCUACGAUGAGCUUGACCUGGGCUUCUGUAAGAUGAAGUCACCGUCGCCUGGUCGCUCUUCCUCCCUUGUUUUCUGGGAAAGAUUUUCCUGUAGAUGAGGUGUCUGGCGAGGCUGGCGCCAGCACUGAAUAGUAGCAGGAGUUGGUGGCUGAGGCUGGUGGCAAGUUGCUUCUGAAAUGGCCUAGUGUUUGGGAGCUCACUGUUUAAUUGACAUAUUUUCCUUUCUGGUAGUUGAAUUUGUUCGUCAAGUAGUGUUCACUUUGAGCAAACUGAUAGUAUGAUUUGUUCUCUUA